CUUACCUGUGCCGGCGAGAGAACUAUUCUCACACGUGCGAACCCUCUUCGUUUUCGUCUCUCAAACCCUCAAAUUCCAUCGCAACCAUCAGAGCCGGAACCGGUCGGUGAACACCAAAUCGAUCAACACAGUCUCUUUCUUCGGUUUUGAAUCACGCGUCGAUUGUCAUGUAUCGUGCCGGAUUUUCUAAAAUCAAAACCCUAAAGUUUAUGUAGAUGGCAUCCUCACUGAUUCACAAAUCCACCUAUGAAGCCGAUAACCCACUUGAAUCGUCGCUAAUUGAAGCUUUCCGGCUUCUGGAACCCGAAUUAAGGCCCCCUUUUCCACUAACAAUCCGUACAGAACCCGAAUACUUCAAUCUCAACCGGGCUAUAUUAUACGGUAUAUUAUCCGAAACUCAUUUGGCAAAAGUUCAUUUGAAGCACUUACAUGGCAUUGUAACUGAUGGGUAUUGUUUCUUUACAAAUUUAGUGUGUAAAGUAGUUGAUGAACUGUAUUCAAAGCUUGUUGAGAAUGUGAAAGUUCAGUUACUUUAUGUUUCUUUAGAAUUGGUUGAUGUGUCAGCUGUAGGGGUUGAUAGUUUGUUAGUGGCUUUGUUGAGGCAAAUUCGUGGUGGCGAUUUGGGUGAGUCGAAUCUAUGGUUGUGUUCGGAAAUGGUUAAUCUAUUAUGGGGAAAAUGGGAAUGUUUGGUAGAAGAACAGCCGAUGAUCAUAUCGAGUGCGUUGUAUGUGUUUCUUAGGGUUUUGUCUGAUCAUUGCAGAGUGUGUUUGAAUUCCAAGUUGAAGGUUUUGAAGCAGAAAGAGAUCGAAUUUUGUAUUCGGGUUUUUAAGGAUCAGUUUCAUUUGUGCUUGAAAAUUGGUAGGGAUUUGAUUAGGGUUUUACAAGAUUUAGUUCAUGUGCCUGAAUUUCAUGAUUUAUGGAAAGAUCUGUUAUCGCGUUCUUCAGAUGCGUGUCAGUUAUAUCGGUCCAGGACUUGCAGCCGGUACUUUUUACUUCGUAUCACGCCGGAGAUGGAGACUCAUUUGCGGUUCUUGCUUACGCAAGUUAAACUCGGAAGUCAAACUCGAUAUCAGAUUUGGUUUGGAAGGAAGUUUCUUAAUGGUCCCGAGAAAGAAACCGUUGUGAUUGACAUUGUACGGUUUAUCUGUUGUGCCCAUCACCCGUCUAAUGAUAUACUCCUCUCAAAUGUGAUCCCGAGAUGGAUUAUCGUUGGUUGGUUACUAAAAUGCUGUACCAAGAAUCAUAUCGAAGCUAAUGUGAAGCUGGCGUUGUUCUAUGACUGGCUUUUCUUCGAAGAAAACGUUGAUAAUAUUAUGAACAUCGAGCCUGCGAUCUUGUUGAUGGUGAACUCGGUGCCCAAAUAUAUACACAUGACGCAUAAUCUUUUGGAGUUUCUGUUCCUUUUGGUGGAUCAUUAUGAUAUUGACAGGAAAGAUUUGAUUUUGAAGGGUGUAUCGUCUGCUCUUGAUGUACUUAAACGAAAAGGCGUCGUUCAGUCGUUUGAUGUUUUGACUUGUUGUGAUAUGCUUUCUCCUUUUCUUAAAGAGAGACUUGUGAAGAUGUUGUCGUGUAAGAAUGUGAGCGGGUUCAACCACUUGCAGCCUGUUACUCUUGCGUGAUCCGUGCUGGAAUCUGAUUGUAUUAUGCUGGUUUAUACUAAUACGGGUCAUGGGUCUUUUAGUCAGCUUUGCAAGACGGCUCAAGAACACCCUGAAAUCUUGUUUUUGAAAGUCAACUUCGAUGAGAAUAAACCGAUGUGCAAGAACUUGAAUGUAAAAGUCCUUCCAUAUUUCCAUUUUUAUCGAGGUGCAGAUGGUCAACUUGAAUCCUUUUCUUGUUCACUUGCUAAAUUUCAGAAAAUUAAGGAUGCAAUCCAGACACACAACACGGAUCGAUGCAGCAUUGUCCCUAACAAAGGUGUCGGAGAUGUAAACGUGGAAACUGUGUCAGCUGCAAAAGCCAAACAACCAGGAUCACCGUCGUCUUAGACAGAAAAAAAAAAAAAAAAAAAAAACCCUCAUUCUAUGCAUCUCAUAUAGUGUUUAUAGCUUUCAUUCUUGCUAAUAUUGUAAUGCUGAUUGAAAAAUGCAUAUGUAUUUUUGGUAUGUAUAUUUUUGUGUGUCUAAAAUUUUAGUGAGGUAACACAGGCAGCAUUAUUUGAUC